GGUCAAGCUGUGUGUUUCGUAGUCACGUUGCGGGAGAGAAGCUGAUGUUCAGCGUCACUGAAGUUUAUCACAUUAGUGGAUGUAGGUGAUACUCGCCGUGUAGCGGACAUGAAGAACAAAGGUGGCGGCUACAUGGACAGUCGCCUCAGACAAAGAGUGGAGCAGUAUCUGGCGUCCAGCAGCAGGGAAUAUGUGGACCUUUCAGACAUGGCUGUGGAACUACAAAGACUGUACAGAGUGGAAUAUGGCAGAAGAAACAAGACGGCCUUCAGGAUUCAAGUAGAGAGAAUUUAUGAAGCUGUCAUGAAAGAAUCUGGGCUGAAUCUUCUUGAGAGCAAACACUUGGCAAAGAGAGCCAAGCACAGCCACGACGUGGAUGGUGAGGGCAGCAGCAGCAGCUCAGAGGACUCCACAGACACUGAGCUCAUUCUGGGAAACGCUCCCACCAACCACAUGAACAGCUCUCUGACGUCCCUGUACCGGAAGGGAAACCCUGAUUCUGUUACCAGCUCGCCCAGGAGAGAGGAGCGUCCUGACGGCAACCCUGUGAGUGCAGAAGCUGUGGCUCCCGCUGCAGGGACGCUGGUCUCCACAGGGGGCUGGUUCAUCGACAGAGGGAGAGGUCAUGAGAAGAGCAACAUCCUCAUCGACCUGUGUGACGAGGAGCCCGCCAACACAAUGACAAAUCAGAGCGACGUGUCCAUGCUGGAGCCUGAGAAAUCCCACAGAAAGUCUAAGAAAAGGACAAAGAAGUCGAGUGAAACUAUUGAGACUCAAACCCUUAUAAAGAAAGCAAAGUCAAAGUCACUAGAGCUGCAGUAUCCCACUCUGAAGUUUGAGGACGUAGGUGGAAAUGACGACAUGUUAACGGAGGUGUGUAAGCUGCUGAUCCACAUGCGCCACCCAGAGGUUUACCAGCAUCUGGGGAUGGUUCCUCCAAGAGGCUUCCUCCUCCAUGGACCUCCAGGCUGUGGGAAGACCCUGCUGGCUCAGGCUGUGGCUGGUGAGCUGCAGCUGCCCAUGUUGAAGGUGUCUGCUCCUGAGCUAGUGUCAGGAGUGUCUGGAGAGUCUGAACAGAAGCUCAGAGAGCUGUUUGACUUGGCUGUGAGCUCUGCCCCAUGUAUCCUGUUCAUAGAUGAGAUCGAUGCCAUCACACCGAAGAGAGAGGUGGCCUCCAAGGACAUGGAGAGGAGGAUAGUAGCCCAGCUGCUAACCUGCAUGGAUGACUUAAACAGUCUGACAGUGACCGCUCAGGUCCUGGUCAUCGGCGCCACCAACAGGCCAGACUCUCUGGACCCUGCCCUCCGUAGAGCUGGACGCUUUGACAAAGAGAUCUGCCUGGGGAUCCCUGAUGAAGCAGCCCGUCACAGGAUCUUGAAGACGUUGUGUCGAAAGCUGAAGCUGCCUCAGGACUUUGACUACCACCAGCUGGCUCGCCUCACCCCAGGCUAUGUGGGCGCUGACCUCAUGGCUCUGUGCCGCGAAGCUGCCAUGAGCGCCGUUAACAGGGCUCUGCUUCAGAUGAGAGAACAAAGGCAGACUCAGAGCUCCACCGCAGAACUGUCAGCAAGCGGAAGUCACACCGAGGCUGCACUGACGGACCAAGAGGUCAAAGAGCAACAGACAACCGACAUGAAGACAGGCUCUCAGGAAGAGUUAGGACAGAGUCACGUGCAGCAGGGGGAGCUGUGGCACCUUCUGCACCUGCUAAAGUCCACUGACACGCUGACAGAGGGUGAGCUGGCCAGUCUGUGCAUCCUCAUGUCAGACUUCCAGGCCUCACUGUCCAGUAUACAGCCGUCAGCCAAGAGGGAGGGCUUUGCCACGGUGCCCGAUGUCACGUGGGAGAAUGUGGGAGCACUGCAGGACAUCAGAGAGGAGCUGACCAUGGCCAUACUGGCCCCUGUGCGUUCUCCAGAGCAGUUCAGAGCCCUGGGGCUCAGCGCUCCGUCUGGACUGCUGCUGGCUGGACCUCCUGGAUGUGGAAAGACUCUGCUUGCCAAGGCUGUGGCCAAUGAAUCAGGUCUCAACUUCAUCUCUGUCAAAGGACCAGAGCUGCUCAACAUGUACGUGGGAGAGAGUGAGCGAGCAGUCAGACAGGUGUUCCAGAGAGGACGCAACUCGGCUCCAUGUGUCAUCUUUUUUGACGAGAUUGAUGCUCUGUGUCCUCGACGCUCAGGUCAUGAGUCAGGAGCCAGUGUCCGGGUGGUUAACCAGCUGCUCACAGAGAUGGACGGUUUAGAGACUCGACGGCAGGUCUUCAUCAUGGCUGCCACCAACAGACCAGAUAUCAUUGAUCCUGCCGUCCUGAGGCCUGGUCGCCUGGAUAAGACCUUGUACGUGGGUCUGCCUCCUCCAGCAGAUCGCCAUGCCAUCCUGCUCACUAUUACUAAGGGUGGAACCAAACCUCAGCUGGAGGAUGACGUCAGUCUUGAAGAGAUCGCUUUUGAUGAGCGCUGUGAUUGUUUCACUGGUGCUGAUCUGACGGCGUUGGUGAGGGAAGCUUCCGUUAACGCCCUGAGGGCCUUCCUCAAGUCCCAGGACUCUACAGCUGCGACUUCUGGUCACAGCUGUUCCUCUGGCUCAGUGGCUGAUAUCAGAGUGAACAGACACAACUUUGAGGACGCCUUCGUCAAAGUCCGUCCCUCUGUGUCUAAAAAGGACCAGAAGAUGUACGAGCAGCUCAGAGAAUCUCUCAGCAGAUAAACGGCGUCUCCAGCGUCUCCAGUCCCAGCUGGAGAGAAGAACGUGUUAACUGUUUUGUAAACUCGUCACUGAUCGUGACUCUGAUCGUGACUCUGAUCGUGACACUGAUCGUGACUCUGAUCGUGACACUGAUCGUGACACUGAUCGUGACUCUGAUCGUGACUCUGAUCGUGACACUGAUCGUGACACUGAUCGUGACACUGAUCGUGACACUGAUCGUGACACCGAUCGUGACUCCGAUCGUGACACCGAUCGUGACUCCGAUCGUGACACCGAUCGUGACUCCGAUCGUGACUCCGAUCGUGACACCGAUCGUGACUCCGAUCGUGACUCCGAUCGUGACUCUGCACGGUCUUGUUUUAAUAAAUCAAAGUGUAUCAACCUCAAAACAAA